UCCCGCCCCCGACGGGAGGGGUGACGCGGGGCGCAUGCGCACUGCGGCCGGUCGGUUCCGCUGCCAUGGGGGGCCGCAUCCAGUGCGUGUUCUUCAGCGAGUUCCACCCCACGCUGGGACCCAAAAUCACGUACCAGGUCCCCGAGGAUUUCAUCUCGCGGGAGCUGUUCGACACGGUGCAGGUGUACGUGAUCACGAAGCCCGAGCUGCAGAACAAGCUCAUCACCGUCACCGCCAUGGAGAAGAAGCUGAUCGGCUGCCCCGUGUGCAUCGAGCACAAGAAGUACAGCCGCAAUGCGCUGCUCUUCAACCUCGGCUUCGUUUGCGACGCUCGCGCCAAGGCCUGCGCCCUGGAGCCCAUCGUCAAGAAGCUGGCGGGGUACCUCACCACGCUGGAGCUGGAAAGCGGUUUCAUCUCUAAUAAGGAGAGUAAACAAAAGCUGGUGCCUAUUAUGACCAUCCUGCUGGAGGAGCUGAACGCCAAAGGAAAGUGCACCCUGCCCAUAGAUGAGUCAAACACCAUCCACCUGAAGGUGAUUGAGCAGCGGCCGGACCCCCAGAUUGUGCAGGAGUACGACGUGCCCGUCUUCACCCAGAACAAGGAUGACUUCUUCAACUCCCAGUGGGACCUCACCACGCAGCAGAUCCUGCCAUACAUCGAUGGCUUUCGGCACGUUCAGAAGAUUUCUGCUGAAGCGGACGUGGAGCUGAACUUGGUGCGCAUCGCUGUGCAGAACCUGCUGUACUAUGGGGUCGUCACGCUCGUCUCCAUACUCCAGUACUCCAACGUGUACUGCACCACACCGAAGGUCCAGGACGUGGUGGAUGACAAGUGCCUCCAGGAGGAGUGCCUGGCCUAUGUCACCAAGCCAGGGCACAAGCGAGCCAGCCUGCGGGACGUCUUCCAGCUGUACUGCGGCCUCAGCCCCGGUACCACGGUGCGGGACCUCAUCUCCCGCUACACCCUGCAGCUGCAGCGCGUGGAUGAGAGGAGGCUCAUCCAGUUCGGGCUGAUGAAGGGGCUCAUCCGGCGGCUGCAGAAGUUCCCGGUGAAGGUGGCGCGGGACGAGCGCAGCCUCCCGGCCCGGCUGUACACGGGCUGCCACAGCUACGAUGAGAUCUGCUGCAAGACGGGCAUGAGUUACAAGGAGCUGGAUGAGCGCCUGGAGAACGACCCCAACAUCAUCGUGUGCUGGAAGUGACGGAGCCGGCGUGCCCGGGGUGGCUUCGGCAGCACGAGUGCGUGGACAAGCUGAACAUGCACGCCAUCCUGAGCGCCUCUGCCGGCCGGGAGCAGCUCCUCAUCGAGCUGCUGGUCAGCCACUGCAAGGUGAGCACAGGGGCAGCUGGCUGCCAUGCCGAGGCCUUGCUGCCCUGCUCGUCUCUUGGCUUGGCCCUACUCGGUGGGAGAUGCACUGGUGGGCACCAGGCUGCAGGAGCUGGGCUGCUUCUACCCGAGCAGUGCACGUGGCCGUGAUUUGCCCCUCGCAAGCACUGUGGUCCUGAUACUUCUCACUGGGUUUUUUGUUUGUGACAAAGCCAUGAGCUGUGCAGUCAGGAGGGACGGGCUGUACGGCAGGUAACGGGUGGGUGUGACAGAGCGCCUUGUGCCAGGCUCUCAGCUUCCAGCUGCAUCUGAUUUUGGAAUGAACUGUCGAUGGUGAAGAAUCUGCUGGUGAAGAUGUCGGACUGGUGGCUUGCCAUUGUUGCUUUUCAAAAGACAUUAAAAGCCAAGCUGUGGUA